CAAACGCCAUCGUCAUCGUGUUACGUGCCAUCCUGACAAAGAAAUCAUUAUUCCACUAAAAUGUUUCUAAAAAUCUUAAUAAUUGCUUUUGGUUGCUGUAAUUUUGUAAUUGCUGAUGGGCUGACGGAUGGAACGGCGUCUGCUGAUGCGAAAAUGAUCACAAAACAGCUACUCUCUGUUAGCGAAACGACCUUUGUAAUUAUGGACAUCACCAUCACUGAAAGAUCAUAUCCGCCACUAAUGAUGAUGAGUGUUAUGCUAGUGAAAACAAUGGACUGCGACGUUCAACCCUCUGUCAUUCAUGUUUUUCCAUCUUUUUUCGAGGAAAUUCCAGUUCUGGACUUAAGCGCCUCGAACAGCAGUCAGGGUUUGAUAUUAAGCCCUUCGACAUCGGCAUUUAAAUUUAAUUUUGCGGAAAACACUCUAGAAGCUGUCCCGUCGCCAUUUAUGAUUCCAUUGAAUAUAGUCGUAAAUAAAUCCAGAAAGCCGAAUGCUGAUAGAAGUACAAAUUACUUUGUCAUGUUUUCUGUGACUGUCCGUUCGGAGGAGAUGGAGGGAAUGUAUAAAAUUUACCUGCAUUCCAACGUAGCAGUGGAAACGAAACCUUAUGUUAUACCAUCGCACAGAAAUUAUUUCGAAUUAUUCCAUGGCAGCCUAAAAGUGUGUUACAAGAUCCUAGUUAUACUUCUAAUGGUUUUCGUAUUGCGUUGGACUGAUGUAUUUUCGAUAAUAACUAGACGUAACUACGAUUCCAUACGUAACAUCCGAUUACAUGAAAUACUUUUAUUGGCUCUGGUUUAUCCCCUCAGACUGGGGACUGUUUAUCCAGUUAGUAUGGAGGUGGCCAAAUCUCCCAACGGCAUUCUCUUUUUCUGUUUGGGUAUAAUAUUGCUGUAUAGAAUUGGCUAUGUUAUCUGGGAAAGUAGAGAUCAACUGAACUUCUAUCGAAUAGACAAGGUAUUUCACUUAUUCGUUUACUUGAUGAUGGCCUUUGUUAUUUUGCGAAGUUGGGACAACACGGAUUUAUUCGCACAGAUAAGAGCGCUCUUUUCUAUCUUUUUUAUAUUUAAUUUCAUGGAAUUCUUUGUCGUCAUAGAAGCUAUGACUUCUUAUAUAAAAAAUUGCCGAGAAGAAGCUCUUUCUGAUCAACAAAAAGAAAGAAUUCAAAUUUUACCGGAUAUAAUUGAAAAGGAUUACCUCCCACUAUUUUAUUUCUACGUACUGUACACUUUCGUGAUGACGUUCAAUGUCAUUCUGGCAGUAAUGACAUUUCUUGAAGCACCAGCCCAUUUAUUCUGGAUUCAAAUGUUCAUUGAAAUGCUACUACAAUGUACGUGUGUCUGGACGCUUUGUGCAAUGUGUUCAAUUUUAAGGGAAUUUUUGACAAAACUUUACAUCUAUGAACCCGGAACGGCUGAACAUUACAACAUUAUAUUUUUCUAUAUAAAUUUGGUAAAAUGUGCAGAAUCGGCCAUUAGUAGUAAAUGUGUAGAGUCUACCGAACCCUCCAACAACAUCGACCCACUUGAUAACAACAAUGAAAGUGCUCAGAACAAUUGGGAAAACGAAAUGGAGAAGGGUUCUCAGAAAAAAGCAGCACCAACAUCUACGACGAGCAAUGUCAAACAUAUAUUGUGUACGCUGUUUGGUUAUAAAUUUUUGAUAUCUUGGAUCUUUUAUGUCAUGGUAAUUAGCUUCGUGACCUCUGAUCUAUUGGACAAUGGACAUACAUCAGAAAUAAAUAAGAUAAAUAGCGAUUCAACUUAACUUUGAAAAGGUGUUGAUUCGUCUUAACGAAAUCAAAAUCAGUAAUUUGUCAAUUUCAAGAAAAACUAAAAAUUAUUCAAAUAAAUACAAAA